UCUAGCAAAACUAGAUGCAUUUAUGAUGACAGCAUACUUUAUCUACAUUAUUAUUAGGUACAUCUUGAUUUAAUGGUGGCCAUAUACGCUACGAGAAAUCGUUAUGGUCAGACUGUACAGUUCGAACGGUGCACUUUAUCGUAGCUGGCAUAUAUGCGUAUAUAGCGUGUAUAGCUUAUAAGCUAUACACGCUACGAGAAAUCGUUGCGAUCAGACGGUACAAUAAGCGGCGCCGACGCACACGUGUCAGUGAUGGCUUCGACGGACGACGGUUUAGCAAUUAUUGGAUUAAUAUUCGCCCUGAAGGAAAAAAAAGUGAAGCGGAAAAAUCGUAGCAUCUCGUGUAAAGAAUGGCUAAUGAAAAGAAGAGUUCAUUCUCAUAUCAAUUUGUUGGCGGGAUUAAAGCUUUUUCCAAAAGACUGGCAAUGACUGAAUUUUCUAAGAAUGGAUCACGAUACGUACUUACAUCUACUGAAUUUGGUAGCACCAAUUAUCGAGAAGCAAGACACUAUUAUGAGAAAUGCUAUUCCACCCCACGACAGACUUGUAGCUACUUUGAGGUUUUUAUCAACAGUAAGAAAUUAUGAAGAUUUAAAAUUCUCUAGCAUCAUUUCAUCUCAAGCCUUGGGUCGCAUAAUACCGGAAACCUGUGAAGCUAUAUAUAAGGUUCUCCGCAAAGACUAUUUUAAGUUCCCACGCUCGGAAGAAGAAUGGAAGGAUGUGGCCAAAGUGUUCGAAAAGAGAUGGAACUUUCCGCACUGUCUAGGCGCGAUGGAUGGAAAGCAUAUAGCAAUUUUUCUUCCUGAUGGCUGUGGCUCAGAGUAUUUCAACUAUAAAAACCACCAUAGCAUGGUGUUAUGUGCAAUCGUUGAUGGAAAUUAUCGAUUUCUUUUAUGUGAUUUUGGAACAAAUAGAAGAAUUUCAGAUCGUGGCGUACUCACAAACACUAAGUUUUUUGAAAAAUUUGAUAAUAAUCAGUUGUGUAUUCCAACCGACACAGUUGUCGCAAAUAGCACUAGAAAAUUGCCUUAUGUGUUUGUGGCUGACGAUGCGUUUCUACUUAGAACAGAUUUAAUUAAGCCAUUUCGACAAGCAGACUUGACCACAAAUAAAACCAGAAUUCUAAAAUACCGCGUAUCACGAGCAAGGCGCAUUGUCGAAAAUGCGGGAUUUUGGCAUCUCGAUUUAGAAUUUUUCACACAAAAAUUAGUCUUGAUCCGAAAAGAAUAGAGUCUGUCGUGAUGGCCAGUUGUGCUUUACAUAAUUAUUUAAUGAAGACUUCAGAAAGUUCUUACUGUCAACAAGAAUGCUUCGACGUAGAAAAUGUUGAUGACGGGUCAAUAACCCAAGGAUAUGAUACAAUGAAUUCAGCGAUAGUUAAUUUGCAACGAAGAAAUCUUGGUAAUACUUCGAUUGCCGCAAAAAAAGUCAGAGAAGAGUACAUGGAAUAUUUUGCAAGUGAAGGCAGCGUUCCGUGGCAAAAUAAUUUUAUACGUUAACUCUUUGAGAAUAAACGAUUUGAUAAAAAAG